AUGGCAGAGCCGCAUGCCGACGACCCUCCGGAGGACCUCGAGUCGGCUCUCAAGCAAAACCGAGCCCUGCGACAAGCACUCGCCGCUCACGCCGAUCGUAUCCAAGAACUCGAACGUCAAAACCAGCAGCUUCAGCGGCAGACACAACAACCGGACAACUCCGCCACCUGGCUUCUUGACCGGGCAAUCCAGCGUGACCGCGAUGGCCUGCUGGAUGAUCUGGAUGACCUCGAUGCCUUUGAUGAGCCACAACCAACACCGCUCGGCGGCAAACCCCUCAGUCUCGAAGCACGGACAGCAUUGGUUGCCGAAGUCGUCAGGAAGGGUUGCUUCAGGUUCUUGGACCUUCCGCCUGAGAUUCGCAAUAGAAUCUAUGCUCUGGUUGCAAAGGAUGCGUUCUCGGUUCCAUGCAUGCUAGCAUAUGUUCCUUCCUGGAAGCGCCGUCUUGACAAGCUCGAACCUGAACUGGAGGAGCAAUACAUAAAUCACGAAAUUCGGUGUGCCGAAGAGCCAUUUCGACUUCUGAUGUUGAGAGUGUCUCGCCAAGUUCAUGAUGAGUGCCGGCAGAUCUUCUAUUGCAACAUGUCACUGGACCUUUCCAACAUGUAUCUUCCGUCUACAUCCGGAAUGAUGCUGGACCUGAUCGCUUCGCCUUUCAGCAACAAGUUGCAAUUUGUUCGCCAUGUAGAACUGGAGUCGAAUGCCGCCCAGUAUGUCCUAUUCAAUGCGAGGAGUAGCAGCGACACGGAGUUCUGGAGGGGACUUUGGGAAACGGACUACAACACCCCCUCGAUGUCGUUCAGGAGCAUGAACCAACUUCGCACGCUGCUUUUCAAUCUCGAAGCAGUCACCAUUUACGAAGGUCCAGACCACAUUUCCUAUCACGACAGCCCGUCCAUCGGUUGGAAUGUAGUGUUUCUCCUCUCUCAAAAGACUGGGCUCUGUCUGGAGCGACUCUACCCACGCCUGAACGAUAUUGUCACAGUGAAUAACUACGGGUCCGAGAGAAUUCGAAAAGCAGGCCCGCGAGAAUGGGAGCUCCAUUAUUCGCGCGAGAAGAUACCGAGCGAGACCAGACAUGACAGUCAACAACUUCCCGGGAGUGGUUUGUGGACACGGAGACGGCCUUAUGCACUCCGCAACCAUUGCGAACAUGGCGGACACCGACAAUGCGGAUGA